CUUAACUAAAGGUUACGGCUAGUAUGUCCUACCCAAAAACUCAACAAUACAUUCUGCCAAAUAUUGUGCUCUUCUGACAUAAGACUUUCAACGUACAUAUAUAUGUAUCCGUUAUUGUAAACAAACAAAAAGUGUAUAAGACUGUAAGAUUGAAGCACACACUUAUUGUAUCUUGAUCCAUAUUUAAGUGGAGAAUUAUUGGUUUUUGUAAUAAUCAAACAUACUGCGGGUGUCUGCUUAAAUAACAGAAAGUGAAUCCAUCUAGAUUUCAAAUUUAAAUAGUGAAGCACAGCUAAAACAAUUUACUGAUUCACUGCAGUUGCAAUUUUAUUACCGUUACAAUGGCUAAGAACGAAAUGAAUCAUAAACAGCAUGCGUUACCUGAAGAUGAUUUACCAAGCACCUCAAAACAAAAGUUCGUAGCAAAGAAUUCCUUGGGAUUCAAUCAAAUGUCCUUGAGCUGUAAGGGAUUCGGAAAAAAUGACCCAUUUAAGCAACAUAAUGGCAAUGAACUUAAUACAAAAAGUGUUGCAAAACAAAAACAUGCAAAUGGACCCUCAGUUUCAUGCCCGCUCCCCCCAGAGAAAAAACGUAAGUCAAUUAACAAGAAGAUCCAAACUGCAAAAUUUUAUAUCAAGUGGCCGACAAAAUUCAAAUUCGCUGAUGAUUCAAGCAUAACAAGAAAUAAAGAACCAUUGAAACGCACAGAUUCAAAAUCGCUUAAAAAUCAAAAGAUCGAUUCUUCUACCAAAGGAGUGGUGUCGAACAAGCAUGGAGAAAAGUUUUAUUUAAAAUUUAUCGAACUCCCUUCUCAAUCGAAAAGCGCAAUGGAGAAUAUUAAACAUUCGAAUACUUUAACUGGUUUUCAGAGAACAACAAGUACUACGAGGUCAUUAGUCAGUGACAUAACACCAGAACCGUACUGUGUGGUUAAACAACAAAGUAAAAUAUUCCGUUUUAACGAUACUAAAAGAGGAAAUGUAUCUGAUGUUCCAUCAACGUCAAAGAGAACUUUAAAUGAAAAAUCAUAUAUGCCAGUUAUUCCGUUGAAACUUAUAAAAAUUGAGCGACAAAAAAUAGUCGAAAUUAUUGAUUUAAAUUCGACUACUUUUCCCAGUUCCAAAAAGGUAUAUACUACAUUGCCCUUUAAAUCGUCUGCAUGCGAAAUAGCCACCAAUUCUGUACAAGAUGCGGGACGAACUUACUUACGUAAAGAGUGGGAUGACGAGAACGUAAAAGAUACAGCUAAAAAUGCAAUCCCACCAACUGCAUCAGCAAAUGUUAUUGAACAAGCACUAAAUUCCUGUACAGAUGAAUUUACGCUGAAAAAUGAGAAGCCAAAGUUACUAAUCUGGUCUGGUGUAACAGAGUGUUCUGAUGAAAAUGUGGAAUAUAUACUUCCGCAUGGAGUUCUGCCGCAAUUUUCAACAUAUAAAACAGAACAAACACCAACUAGAGAUUUUCACUUUCUUUCUUCUGACGAUAUAAAGUGCAAUGAUACGAACGCAAAAUGUGCAGCUCCGUUGCCAGCUUUAAUUGAUCGUAUGGAGCAACCAACAAGUUCGUAUAAAGUUAAGUUUCUAGUCUCUAGUGAAGAAGUGCGCGACGAUGACAACGCAGAAUAUAUCUUACCAGAUACAGUUCCGCGGGUAGCUUCUGCAGCUGUUAUAAAACAAGCAACAAAUUCACUUAAACUUCCGCAUCGAUUUUCUAAUAAUGUGUGCGAUGAUGAUAACGCAGAAUAUAUCGUUCCAGAUAUAGUUCCGCCGUCAGCUUCAGCAGUUUUUAGGGAACAAACAAUAAAUUCGUUUAAAGUUCUGUAUCGAAUUUCUAAUCAUGUGUACAACGAUGAUGAAGUUGAAUAUAUUUUGCCCAUCGAUACUGAGUCACUCGAUUUUAAGAAACUCGUUAGUUCAAAUAUAUAUAAUAACAAAUGUAAUGAAGGUGGUUACAACAAGGUCGAUGAAAUUGAAAAGAUAUCACUAAUUCCAAGUAUUUUUCCUCAAAAUGCAACAAAAGUUCAAUGUUUAAAAAAGCAUUUGCAAGUUACGGGUAAAGCUAAAGGUGACACUCAAGAUAUGAUCAUCAAAUUUCGACAAGAAGAUCCUUUGUCAAUAACACGUGAUGGUAUUGUCUCCUAUAAAAAUAAUCAAUAAAAAUUAUAUAAAGGCCAGAGAGAGAGAGAAAAUCUCAAGAUCAAGAAUCAACAAAAAGAUCAAAACCGAAUUCUAUUCAAUAAUAAACUCAACUCAUUUAUGAUGCUGAGUAUGAAGAGUACAACCUAUCUACAAAAGUACUUAAAUUCUUGCAAAGUCGAUUUUGUGAACAAACUGACUGACUGACCGACUGUAGAUUAUAAGAGAAUAAUAUAUAAUUCAUUAAAUAAACCAAGCAAAAAGUUUAUACUACAUUUGAGGAUCUCGUGAGAGCUACCAAGCUCUCGUCGAAUUGCUUGGUAAAAAUAAUUCAAAAUUUUAAAACACAAAAUUAGCUUAAAAGGUGUUUUUUACAUUGUAGUGCCUUCAGACAUAUAUAUCACAUUAGAACCAAUGUUAACACAUCACCUACAAGACGUUCGGAAAAUUCGAAAAACUUAAGCAUGCGUGAAAUUGUAUAUAUUGACUCAUUUACGUGAAGAAGAUAUCACGAGAUUCAAAUUAUUUCAAAAAAAAUCCUAUUAUUUAACUUUUGAAAUACACUCAUUUUAUA